AUGGCUGCCACGGUCGCUCAUGAAGAUAGCAUUUGGACUGUGGCAUGGGCGAGAAACGAAAAAGAUCAUUAUGAGAAUGUUGUCACUGGCUCCGUGGACGAUAAAGUAAAGUGUUGGCGUUGGCAAGAUAAUAAACUAGAGCUGCAAUGGAUCUUUGAAGGCCAUCAACUUGGAGUAAUUUCCGUGGAUAUUAACCAAGAAGGCUCAUUAGCAGCAAGUAGUUCUUUAGAUAGCCAUAUUCGAAUUUGGGAUCUAGAAUUUGGUAAACAAAUAAGAAGUAUUGAUGCUGGUGCAGUUGAUACUUGGACAUUAGCGUUCUCUCCGGAUUCAAAAUUUAUUGCAACUGGUAGCCAUUCUGGAGCAAUUAACUUAUAUGCCGUGGAGAAUGGAAAUAAAGAUAAUACUUUGGAAACUCAUGGAAAAUUUACAAUGAGCGUAGCUUACAGUCCUGACGGACGCUACCUAGCAAGUGGGGCUAUCGAUGGUAUAGUAAAUAUUUUCGAUCUUCAAACAGGAAAACUUGCACAUAAACUUGAAGGUCAUGCUAUGGCAGUUCGUAGUCUUCAGUUUUCAUUUGAUUCGCAGUAUCUCGCUACGGCAUCAGAUGAUACUCAUAUUAAGUUGUAUGAUAUCCAUCAGGCUGCCUUAGUAGCUACAUUUUCUGGCCAUUCAUCGUGGGUCCUAAGUAUAGAUUUCAAUCCAGAUAAUAAACAAUUUGUUACUAGUUCUAGUGAUAAGACUGUUAAAGUCUGGGAUCUGGGCAGGCGACAAUGUAUCCAUACCUUUCAUGAUCAUACCGAUCAGGUAUGGUCUGCCGCGUACAAUGACACUGGUAAUAAGAUUGUUUCCGUCUCUGAUGACAAAAAUAUUCAUAUCUAUGAGUGUCCUAGUAAUGUAUAG